AUGCAUUUCCUGUACUACUUUCCCCUGAUCGCCAGCACCGUCACCGCACUUGCGUUCCCCGGCGCAGAAGGCUUCGGGCGUAAUGCGAUUGGAGGUCGCAACGGCAAAGUCUACGUCGUCAACAACUUGAACGAUAGCGGGGAAGGCUCUCUCCGAGAUGCAGUCUCGCAACCCGACCGCAUCGUCGUCUUCUCCGUUGGCGGCACUAUCAAGAUCAAAGAGCGUAUUGUGGUCUCCAAGCGCAUCAGCAUCCUCGGCCAGACGGCACCAGGAAAUGGCAUCACAGUCUACGGCAACGGCUGGUCGUUUUCCAACGCCGACGAUGCCAUUGUACGCUACAUUCGCAUCCGCAUGGGCAAAGGCGGUACGAGUGGUAAGGAUGGGGUGGGCAUCGCAGAAGGCUCCAACAUGAUCUUCGACCACAUCUCCGUCUCCUGGGGCCGCGACGAGACCUUCAGCAUCAGCGGGAGCGAAGUCGGCAACAUCACCAUCCAAAACAGCAUCAUUGCCCAGGGUCUGGAGACGCACUCCUGCGGCGGCUUAAUCCAGACAAAUCUCGGCAACGGCAUCUCCCUGUUUCGAAACCUGUACAUUGACAACAAGACGCGCAACCCAAAGGUCAAGGGCACAAACGACUUUACAAACAACGUCGUGUACAAUUGGGGCGGUGGCGGCGGAUACAUAGCUGGAGACUCGAGCGCAGUGUCCGAAGCCAACAUUGUGGGGAAUUACUUCAUCUCUGGGCCCAGCACCACCAUCACCGCGUUUACACGAGGCAACGCCAACUUCAAAGGCUACGUCGACGCCAACUUCUACGACUCGGACAAGGACGGCGCUCUGAAUGGCGCGGAGAUCGGCGUUGCGUCUUCCAACUACGGGGGCUUGAAUAUUCAAAGCAGCAAGUUUGCCUUUCCCGGUCCGGCCAAGACUCUUGCGCCUGCAGAUGCGUUGAAGCUUGUGGAGACGUCGGCGGGGGCGAGCAAGGUGCGGGAUGCGGUGGACAAGCGGCUGAUUGCUGAGCUGCAGAGUUAUGGGAAAAUGGGCCAGUUGAUUAGCGAUGAGAAUGCGGCGCCGAUGAAUGGGCCUGGGACGAUUGCUGGGGGCACGCCGUGGGUGGAUGCGAAUGGGAAUGGAAUUCCGGAUGAUGUGGAGUCGCAGUUUAGUAAUGUGGAGGAUUGGGCGAAUAGUUUGGUGCCCAGUGGGUAUUGA